AUUGAGCUAUGGAUAGCAACGCGCCGAUAUUUAUAGCCAAUCAUCAAUCACGGAAUAACGUCGCGUACCAACGGCUGAGCCAAUCAGCAAGCUUGUAAGGGAUGACGCGAACAAGGCAGGAAGAGCGCUUUCACACCAGCGCGCGAACAGUUGAAUUUUUUUUUAUUUAUUCCCUUUUCCGAGGAUCAGGCGGGAGAUGAUUAUUUUCACCUAGCUUCGUCAGAACGACAAAAAAAAAUUACCUCCGGAUUUCACCUGGCGUUUAAGUGCUAAAGUUUCUUUUGUGUCGUUGCUGGAUUUUGCUUUUUGUUUUGGUUUUGGAUGAGUUUUUGUGACGAAUAGUUCCAGUGGACAAAAGAUGAGCCUGCUUGUCUCUGAGCGGCUGGUUGAUCCCCCUGCUGAGGUCCCCAGGGCAGAGAGCGAUUCAGACAGUGGAGUGGGUUCACCCAUGGAGGAGGCUGGCACCGAUGCCACCACCGCUGCCGUUCAGGCUGGAGAAGCUGAAGAUUCAGAUGAUGACAUCGUCGUCAGCCGGAAGCCCCGUUCCCGGAAGGUUCUCCAGGACAGCGACAGUGAGAAGGAGGACGUCGUGGACGGGAUGGCUGAUGCUCUGGUGCUGUCAGAAUCCAGCGGUGAGUCGACGAAGGCCAGUGAAGGCAAGCGGCCGAAAAAGAGCCGGGGAAAGAAGAUCUCCCGCGUUGCCGUAUCCAGUGACGACAGCGAGCCAGAGGAAGAUGAGCAUCAAGGAAAACCUAAGGAAGACACCAAAAAGAGAGGGAAGUCACAGCGAUGCAAAGAGAAGGAGAAGCGCAGAGGUGCUCUAGUGAAGCAAAUGAAAGCGAAGACGAGAACCUCUGAAGUGAGUAAAUUGGGGGUUUUCAGAAAAUUAUUGUCAGUGUAUGUAGUCAUUGCUGACUGCCAUUUUUUCUCUCUCUCUCAGGAGUCCCUUUUAUCCAAGCCUCUCAAUGACAGUGGUUGUCUGCUGGGUGAUAGUGACCUGUUUGAUGCUCAGCUGGAGGAGGACGAGGAAGAGGAGUCCCUGGACGCCAUCAGAGCUGCUGUGAAAAAGAAGGCCAAGAACAAGCCCCAUUUAGUUGACUCUGAAGAGGAUGAAAAGCAGGAAGGAAAAUCCCAGCGCAAGGAGAGGAAAGCAGCGAGGGCGAGUAAAGAGGCGAUGAAACAGCUCCACAGUGAUAGCCAGAAGCUUGUUAGAGAAUCUACAAUAGGGCUACCGUACCAUAUGCCAGAACCCAAAGGCAUAGACCAGUUCUUCAAGAGAAGGGUUCGUCCUGACAGACCUGCUAUGGCAUUACUGAAAUCUGCCAAGUACCAGGCCUGUAUAAUAGAAGCGUCUUCGGCAUCCUCAACUGCACCAGAACAGAACUCGAAUCCACAGGCUGAUCUGAAUGACCCUGAUCCAGUCAGAUGUACCCAACAGGACGGCGCUACAAAUGAACACGAUGCACGAGCUGCUACUGAAGCCACUGAGGACCAAUCCGGAGUUGCAAACGUUGAUCUCCAAAAGCCUGAAAUCAUGGCAGAAGAGCACACUCUUCCUUCUGUGGACGUGUCUGAGAGUGCCGACUCUCCUAAAGAGGACCCUGAGGUGCCGCAGGUUGAGCAGACUAAGUCUGGGACAGGGCAGUCAGAACAGGACGGCGCUGCGCCGGCUGAGCAAGGAGCGGUAGUGCCUAAACCCAAGAAGGAUAAGCUGACCAGAUUGCGUGAGCUGGGUUUGGAGCCUCCUCCGGUAGCAAAGCUGUGUGUGGACGAUGGAGCUUUUGUCCAGCUGGAGCCGCAACAGGUUAACCCUGGUCUAGAGGCUCUGAAGGAACGUUUUCUGAGGCACGUCCAGCCCGUGCCGCGGUCUAAAGGAGAGCGAUCGCUUCAGGUAAAUGUGGUGAGAAAGGACAGCAGUGCCUCCGGACAGGAGGAGCUGCAUGCGGAGUCCAUCACUGUCACGGUCAAUGAGGAGGAAGAGGAGCCUUCACGCACUAAGCCAGGAGAGAAGCUAGUUUUACUGAAGUCUCGUCUGCAGCAAGCAAUGGCUAUCCGCCGGAAGGAAGAAAGAGAGCGUCGAGCCGCCCUUCAUCGCCUGGACAAUGAGGACUGUGGCAGUGAGGAGGAGGAGGAAGAGGAUAUGACCGAGUCUGAGGAGGAAGAGGGUGUUGAAGAUUUGUUGGGUGAUGGCGAUGAUGGAGAGGAAGCUGAGAGUGAGGAAGAAGAGAUAGAGGCAGCCGAAAGAGGCGACACGUCCAAACGAAGUGCCUCUAAUGCUUUUAAAAGUCCGUCUCCGACCCCAUACACCGACGGCACUCUGAUGCUGUUUGCAGGCAGCUCGUGCUCCAGAACAGGGGACGGUGUUAGGCAGUCUGGGCCAACCAGUCACGAAAAUGACAACAAAAUGGAAGAUGAGGAUGGCCUGUCCUUGACCAAGGACAACAGCCAUAACAGCAGCUUUGAGCUGACGAGCUCCACGCUCCCAUCGUACCAGCCAGUGAGCCGCACCGCAGGCAAAGGUCUUUCAGCAGCAGUGUUCCGCUCGCCAUCGCCCUGCUUCUUCAGACCCAGUUUCCUCGGCUCAGCCUCCAAGAGUUCUGGUAAGCUGUCUGAGCCGUCCCUCACCCUCCCUGUGGAGGACUCGCAGGACUUGUAUGGUGUUCCUUCUCCUGAAGGUGGGGACUCUCAGGGCCCCUUCACACAGGAGGAGGACACACAGUCGCAGCUGUUUGAUUCAGACGGCUUCUUGAACGUGGGGCCCCGCGGCGGCCAGAACCGCUCUCACAAACGCCAGCUGCUUUUAGAUAACCUGGAUGAAAACGCCAUGGAUGCCAACAUGGGUGAAUUGCUGGGGCUCUGCUCGGGUGGCUUUGACGCAGCGGAGCAGAGUCAGCCAGGAGGUGAGGACGAGCUUCUGGGCCUGUGCUCUGGAGCGUUCUCCACUCAGCCUGGCGAAACCGGCAGACCCAAAGAGGAAACCGUCACCAUGGAGACAGAACGCACAGUCGGGGAGAGCCACGGGAGCGCGGACGUGGACCAGCUGCUUUCUCUCUGCUCGGGAAAGUUCACAGGCAGUCCUGCUGCUUCUCCAGUGCGACCAGGCGCAAGCUCUGCCCUCGAAGACGAAUCUGACUGUAAGAGCAAGGUGGAGGAGGAAGGGGAAGAAGAGGAAGACAAUUGUGAGUUUCAGCUCUUGUCGGGUGUAGACAGCGACAGCGAGAAGGAGGAGGAUGAGGAAGACUCCGAUGCUGAAGGAGAGAUGGGUGAUGAGGUAGACGAGGAGGAGAGGGAGGCGGUAUUCGGGCGACAUCCAGGCAAAAAGUUACGCAUGACUGACUUUGUGGACUCUGAGGCCGAGCUGUCAGGCAGUGAUGUCUGCAGUGAGGAUGAAGAUGACGACGGAGGAGAUGAAUACGAAGAAGAGGAGAUACAGGAGCAGCUCCCAUCAGAUGAGGAACUGAUGGACCAGGUCAACAAAAUCCACAUGAAGCAUGUCCUAGAUGACGAUAAGCGCAAAUUGCGUUUGUAUCAGGAGCGUUACCUAGCUGACGGAGAUCUGCACUCAGACGGACCCGGUCGAGAGCGCCGCUUCCGCUGGAAGAAUAUCGAUGAUGGCUUUGAGUUCGGGGUUGUUGCUGAGGGGGAAGAGGAAGAGGAGGAGGAAGAUGUGGAUCAGCAUGAGCUCCAGAGGCGCAAGGAAAGGCUCGAGAGAGAACAGUGGAUGCGAGAGCAGUCUGAAACAUCGACGAGAGGAGCAGAAGUGGAAGAGGAGUACAAGAUCGGAGAGGAAGACAGUCAGUUUAUGAAGCUGGCAAAGAAACUAACCGCUAAGGCACUCCAGAAGAAAGAGACCGCUUCAGUGCCCCUGAAAGAGAAGCCAGUCUCUAACGCCAACCCUUUUCAGAAGCCCUUUAAACCUGUGGUGAAGAGAGGAUCUCUUCUCAAUCAGCCACGGGCAGUGCUGCAGAAACUCUCCAACAUUUCAGACGGCAACCCUCUAGCGCCGCGUAACUCUCGAGGAUUCCUCUUCCAGACCUUGUCGCCAGAAAAGGAGACCCCUACAUCCGCCCACCCAAAGAAGCAGUUCAGGAAAAGAGCUCAGGCAGACACUAUGGCGCCUGUUGCAAAGCGACCGUGUCGAGAAAACUCUGCGAAAUCUGUCGGACCUCCAAGAAGUAUUUUCAGUUAUUUUGAGAACUGAAGCUUUGUGACGUCUCGGUCCUCCAGCGAGCCAAUUUCUUACACUCUUGUUGACUCUGUUCUCUUAAAUUUGGCGGCUUAUUUGAUCUGGCAUGGAGUGUGUGAUCCAACUUGUGCAUUUAUGUGUUCUAAAUGUUUUAUCAUGUAAAUAUUGGGAUUUUGUAAUUCUGUAUUUUUUUUUUAUUUGUAAAAUUAUAAAUUAAAAGUUUAUUUUAAAAAUUGUUGGUGGUUUCUGAAAUGAUUGUAAACUAAAUAGCGUUGCUAGUGUUUGCGACUGUUGCUAACAUUUUGACCUUUUAAUGCCCUGCCACAUUAGGAGGAGAGAGAUUUCCUUGUAAGUCAGUGCAAGUCUAUGGAGUGAUGUGGCUUUAUCCAUCUAUCCAUCCAUCCGUCCAUCUUCUAUACCGCUUUAUCCCUUUCAGGGUCACAGGGAAACCUAGAGCCUAUCCCAGGGAGCAACGGGCACGAGGCCGGGUACACCCUGGACAGGGUGCCAAUCCAUCUCAGGGCAUGGCUUUAUCUUGUUUUGUUUUUUUAAUUAUUUUUUUUAAAAAAGGCUGUAACUUGCAUUAUGUACAGCUGAAAAUGAGUUUUUGUUACAAAUCUAAAUUUCUGCAUAGUGCAGGUUAUGUAAAUGUAAACACAUGCAAUACUGAUCUGAUUCUGAGUUUAAAUGCUGGAAAGCAGUGGAGUGUCUGAUAAAUGUAGAUUAGGUUGGAUAUGAAUGAUCAGAAACUAAGGCUAGUCAUGAGAGAGCCUUUUAAUGUUUUUAUUUAUUUAUUUAUUUAUUUAUUUAUUUAUUUUAAUCUACCACACACAAUAUGUACUAUAACUGUGUAUAUAUAAUAGCUAUAACUAUAAUAAUAGCCUAAUAUUAAUAAAUCAGACUAGAGAAAAGUUACAGAACAAGCUAACAUGAUGCUCUAGAUUUGUUACAUCAUGAUAAACACCGCAUACCUGACUAACUGUGAUUGAUUGCAAACUGUAAAACUAAUCUUACUGAACUUUGCAUGCACCGACAUGUAUUAAGGACCUCAGUUAAUAGUUUAGGACAAGCUAAAGAUAAAGUAACUCCUACACUAGUAAAAUCCUUUAGUAAAAUGAACUCUUCCUCAGCUUUUUCCUAUGCAGUGUGAUUCCUUGUUCUCUUGCUUUGAGGUGUCGGCGAGUCUUGUAUCCAAGUCGUCCACGCCAGUUUAAAAGGGCAGCACUACGGGUAAUUAUAAUAUUUUAUAUCGUGCCUUUAAAGACUUCUCAAGGCGCUUUACGUA